AUGGUUGCGGCCUUAGGUCUUGGCAAGUUCUACGGCGGCAGCCUCCCACGGCCGCGGUUCUACUCCGACUGCGAGAGGAUCGAUCCGCCGCUCCCGGUGAUGGAUCCCCUGAUUGCCUGGGCCGAAGAGGCCCACUGGUCCAUGGGCGGUGUCAACACCACGCGCCGCCGCUUCCAAGGCCGAAUCGAGGGCAACGUAAGCAAGCUCCGCGUGCAGCGCGACGAUGCGCUCUUUAAGAAAUCUCUCGCUUCCCCAGCCCCCGCGGUUAUCAAACGGCGCCGUGGGGCUGUCUUGGUGGAUGACGAGGAAGAAGACAAGCAGCGUGUGGUGAAGAAGAAAUUGGGCGGAAAAAAUGAGGGAUCGGCGAAAAACAAUGGCGGCGGUAAGAUUGGUAGAGUCGUGGCGGCGGGACCGAAGGAGUCGGUACAGAGUCCAGUCCGAUGA